AAUAUCUUUGGAUUGCAAAAAAGACGAGAACGAUAAAUAUAUUUAUUUUAUAUUUUCAUUGAAAUUUGAAUAUUAAAAUAAUAAGAACAAAAACUGAAUAACAAUAACGAGAAAGAAGAAUUUAUCCCAUUAAAAUUUAAAGAAAUAUUGACAAAGUGACCAUGAAUAAGUUACCAAGAGUUUUUUGCUAAAUCAUAAAGUUCGGACAUACAAGCUUACUUUCCACAUCUUUCAUCAUGGAAAAAAGUGUUGUGGAUUUAAUAUCUUCAUGCCUGGAUUCUGGCAAUUAUAAGGAGGCUCUUAGUGCAUCCACCAAUGAGAAAUAUGCUAAUGAUUUGAACAAUAAUUGUUGGGAUUUAAUAACAGCAGUAAUAGGGAAGAUUGAGGAUGACACAUUGAUUCUAAAACCAUCACUGUAUGGCACUUGUGAAACAUUACUAUCUAAUAUAGUUAAACAAUGCUCUCCUGAAGAAGCCUUGUUUGAAUUUAUUGAACAAAUACAAGUGGCAAAAAAUAAUGCUCAGUUUGCUAUUGUAUUAGAUCCUGUUCAGCAACUUCUGAUAAAAUUAUCCACCAAAAGAUUCAGAAGUUUGGAAUUUACAUUGGAUUCAAUGAGCACAUAUAUAUCAUCUAUCCCUUUACCAGAGCAUCAACUUGAAGGAAAGGAACGUCUUUUAAUGGAUUCUGAUGUGAAUAUCAGAAGGAUCAUAAAGAUAUAUUCUCUGUUACCACCUUUUUAUAAUCCAUUAAUAAAAGAAAUAACUUUAGCUAAUGCAAAUAAUACAACUAAAGAUAUCUUAGCUGCAUUUUUAAUUAGCCUGCUUGGAAAACCUUUAAUAUAUGUUGAUUUGGAUCCUGAUUGUAAUGCUAAUAGUGAAGCUAGGAUAUGCACUAGUUCUAUUAUUCAAGAUAUUUGUAUUUUAGUCAAAAAUGUAAAUAAGUUAUUAGACUAUGUAGAAUUUCACCAUAAACAAAGUCUUAAGCCUAAAUCGAGAAAUAUUCUUACUGACAAUGAAGAAAAAUUAUCACCUUAUGAUGAUAAGGAGAAAAUUAACAUGACAACACUGUCUGGAUUGUUUUAUGGAAUUUAUUCUGGUCAUUUCGAAGUGCCCGAAUAUGCAGUUCCUGCUGUGUAUAGUAUUAGUUAUGUUGUACAUAUAAAUUUGUUUUGUGUUCUUCAUCUCUUAAGUUUUGCUGAAUAUGGACCUGUAGCCAAAGGUAUGGGUCUGUGUACUAAAAUACUUAAUCAAUAUCCAACCAAUACCUCACACUCUGUGCUUAAAAAUUCAAUUCACUACAGCUUAUGCCAAAGUUUGGUGAAUAUUGCCAUAUAUUCAAGUUAUGAUACCCUACGCAAGGAAGCUGUCAAACUCAUAAGUAACCAUAUAAAUAAAUUUGAAUAUAAAGGACGAUGUAUGCUUAUUAAAUACAUAUUAAAUAAUGCUAAUCAUUCCGGAAUGAUAGGCUAUGCAAUAACAUUAUAUAAAAAUUCAAUCGAAGAUGCUUUUAAAGAAUCUGAAUUACCAGAUUGCUUUACUGGACCACAACUUCUGGGUAUGAUAAAAAAUAUGUGUUAUUUACCUCAUGGUGCAGAAUCUGAUUUAGUAGAGUUAGCAGAUCAGAUUAUAACAGCAUUAAACUUUUUAAGAUAUCUAGCAUUAAAAGAUAAUUUGAACAGAACUGGAAUAAGAGAAUGCUUCACAAUCAUUGAAGAUGACUAUUUAAAAAAGCUGAGAACUGCAUUGAAUAUGUCUAGAGCUCAUUAUGAAGUAAAAUUAAUGGAUAUUAAUAAUUCAAAAGGUUUACCAGAGGAACAAGUUGAUAUCUCAAUCAAUGUUGGUGGUAACAUGUUGGAUAAAAUACCCACAGAAAGUAAAAAACAAAUAAUACAUUCUGCACUGAAUGCUUUUCAUUUAAUAGAAGGUUUGGUAGCUAGAUUAUCAGAGUGUAUUGUAAUUAAUAAAAGUCAGUAAUUAACUAUUGAAUGUAAAAUACUUUAACCAAAUAAAACUUUUUGAAUACUAUGAAAA